UGGAUCUGGUUUAUCACUUGACGUUUCUACUAGGUGGAAUUCUACUUAUGAAAUGCUGGUUAGAGCGUUGAAGUUUAGGAGAGCAUUUAAAAGCUUGGAGGCUUUUGACAGGCACUACAUAUGGCUACCUUCUGAAAGAGAGUGGGAUCGUGGGCAAAAAAUAAAUGGCUAAGGAAAUGCAAGUUAAAUUUGCCAAGUAUUGGGAGGAUUACAGCAUCAUUUUGGCUAUGGGUGCAAUUUUUGAUCCAAGGCUGAAGUUACAAGUUCUUGAGAAGCUUUAUGAAACUUUGGAUCCUUCUACUUCUAGUUUAAAAACUAAAGAUCUUAAGACUCAUUUGACUACACUUUAUAAAGAGUAUCAAGAUAGGACUUGGGGCAGUUCUUCUGGUUCUUCAACUUCAUAUACACCAACUCCACAGGAUCUGGUUAAUGAAUCUCCUCUUGAAGAUGAUUUAGACAGUGAUCUCUUUGAAUUGGAAAGAAGCCUUGGGAGUAAUCUAGGAAACACAAGAACACAUUUAGAUGUGUAUCUUGAUGAGGAGAGGCUAGAUAGAAAGUCUUUUCCCAAUUUGGAUGUAUUAAACUAUUGGAGGGAAAACCAAGCUCGAUUUGGUGAUUUGGCAAUGAUGGCGCGUGACAUACUUAGUAUACCUAUCACGACAGUAGCAUCUGAAUCGGCUUUCAGUAUCGGAGCUCGGGUUCUAACUCCUUACCGAAGUCGCUUGCUUCCCAAGAAUGUCCAGGCUCUGCUCUGUACUCGCAACUGGUUACGAGGUUUUGCGGAAUAUGAAGGUACAGUAGAAGAUGUUGAUGAUAUGUGCAACGAAGAUGCUAGGAAGAAUACAACUACUUCUGGAGUCGAUGGUUCAAGAUCAGAAGAUUCAAAUGUGCGUUGAACAUUUGAGGAAGUAGAGAAGAUACUCAAAAACUGUGUUCUUUCAGACAGAAGUCGAGAUGAUUAGUCUCAAGAGGUUUCUGUCAUCCUUUGUUUCUUUGUUUGUACUUUGUACUAGAGAUCAUCUCAAAAACUGUAUUCUUUGCUUCCCAUUGUUUGUUUAAAACCCAUCUCAAAAGUUUUUAUUAUUUGUUUGUACUUUGUACUAGAGAUCAUCUCAAAAACUGUGUUAUUUGCUUCCUAUUGUUUGUUUAAAACCCA